AUGAGUAGCACCGACGUGACCGGUACGGAAAAUACGGCGGUAAAUGUCGCUCUUUCCACAACGGUGGUUUACGGCCUGCUGUUGUUUACCGGUUCCUUUAUUUUCUUUAUGAGGCGUGGUAGAAGUAGCUUCUGCGGACGCAGUGUCGGUGUAUCUGUAUGCUUACUCUCGGCGUUCGCCGUCAUGCCGACAGUAAUGGCUCUGGGCAUCGCAGGAGCUUGGAUAUGCGCCGUUUACGGGUCCCUCGGAGGGGCGAUGGCGUUUCUCAUCACACCGGGGAUGAUUCUCUUCCUGUUAUUAUUGGCAUGCUGUGCCGCGGCCUCUUCAAGCAUUGAGGAGAGUGGUGGAACGCUCGACCUUGACCGGUUGUAG